AUGGCCCCAGCUGUCACCAGGCUUGUUUGUCAGUUUCCAAACUGCAAUUGGGUCUUCAAAAACAAGUCUGGCCUCACUCAGCACACACAUGCGCAAUAUGGUACCCUACAAAACCUCAAUCACAUAGCUCCGCUUGUAGGUCCUGGAUUUAUACUUCCACAGAGUCAUUCUCCCACUCCAGCAGGUGUUAUUGAUGAGAAUUUCCAUCAAGAUCCAGCGGGCGACCAGGAUUUUGUACUGGAGGAAGGUAACUGGGUGGAUAUGGGACGCUUAUUCUAUACUUUCCAUCUGCACCUCACAGGACUCAAAUGUGAUGCUAAUGGGGCAUUUAUUGACCAGGAUGCACCCCCGCCACCUCAUACGGAUGCCCUCCCAACCGAUUGGAUGCCUUAUGACAAUUGUGCUGAAUUCGAGACGGCGGAAUUCUUAUUCACAUGCAAUCAAAUGUCUGCAAAGCAGAUUGAUACACUUCUCGACUUGUGGGCCACAACUCUCAUUAAGCACAAUGACGCCCCCCCAUUUGCAAACCAUAGGAACAUGUACACUACAAUCGAUGCAACACCACUCGGCGAUACCCCUUGGAAGAGCUUUAUGUUGUGCUACAACAGAGCCAAACCCGAACAAGACAUACCACCAUGGAUGGAUGGACAAUAUGAUGUGUGGUAUAGAGAUCCAUUGCAAAUGAUGCACAGCAUUUUGGCAAAAUGUGCUUUUGAUGGAGGAAUCGAGUAUUCACCCUACCACGAUUAUACUACUGAGGACAAACAAUAUUUCAAGAACUUUAUGUCUGGUGACUGGGUGUGGAAACAGGCAGAUGAUAUUGCUCGAAAUGAGGAGAAUCAGGGUUCGACAUUCGUACCAUUGAUUAUUGGCAGUGAUAAGACUGUUGUUUCUGUUGCUACUGGUCAGACCAAAUACCACCCACUCUAUCUCUCAAUCGGGAACAUUCACAAUAGCGCUUGGGAUGAGUAUGGCAUCAUUGCUGAUCUCAUUCCAUUUACAAAUGACUUUCCUCGAGUGGACAUCCACGAGCUCCUAUCUCCAGAUAUCUUGCAUCAAAUAAUCAAGGGAACUUUCAAGGAUCAUCUGGUUGAUUGGGUGGGAGAGUAUUUACUGAUCACACACAGUACCCAUCAUGCAGCUGAGAUAAUGAAUGACAUUGACCGCAGGAUAGCAGCAUGGACAGGUGACGACUUAAAGGCAUUGAUGAAGGUCUAUCUAGCUGCAAUUGAAGGUCAUGUUCCUCAAGAUGUGGUGCUCACAUUCAGUGCAUUUUUAGAAUUUUGCUACACUGUGAGGUGUGAGGCUCUCACUGAAGAUGACCUCAUAAAACUACAAGAUGCCCUCAACCGCUUUCACCAAUACCGGGAGAUCUUCAAGACAACUGCCGCUCGCGUAGAUUUUGAGGCACGUGGUAUGCUUCGUGGCUCUUGUCUGUCCAAUGCUUUGGGAGAACUCUGGAGACGUCAAAAUAUUCCUGCAGAUGACGACUUAGAAUCAUUGGCUGAUAUGGCACAAGAAGGCCAUCCUGGGCAUCUGCAUAUCCACAAGCCUCAAAAUCAUUCUGUUGAAGUGGAUGCUGGUGAGAUUAUUGAUGGACCAGCUGUGGAGUCCCAUGUUGGGCUUGCAUUAACUCCCCAUAUUGUUCAUGCACUCAGCCUCAAACUUGACCUUCCACACCUCCCAUUUAUGAUUCAAGAAUUCAUACAUGAUGAACACUAUUCAAAAGAUCCCAACCCUCCUGAGUUUGAUCCAGCAACAGUGCAAGUAUUCCUAGGGAACCUCACCGUCUUUAAUUCUGCUGCAGCCUUAUUCCAUGCACCCAGUGAUCUGAGUGAUACAGGAGGUAUGCGUUGCAAGCACAUCCGGGCAACACCAUCAUGGUGUGUUGGCGAACUGAGGCAUGACUGUAUCUUUGUCAACAUGGGUGUUGACUUCAACUCUCCCAUGAAUGGACUCACAGUUGCGCAAGUCCUUUGCUUUUUCUCAUUUAACUAUCGGAUAUUGUACUAUCCCUGCACCAUAGUUCAUUGGUACUCUUAUGUCCAUGAAGAACGCGAUCCUGACACAGGUAUGUAUGUUGUCAUGCCAAUGACAACUGGUGAUGAUGUCCCAGACAUCGCAAUUAUUCACAUCAAUUGUAUCUUUCGCGCUGCCCAUCUCAUUCCAGUCUAUGGCCUAGACUUUAUCCCAAAAAUAAGUCCACACAACUCAUAUGACAUGUUUGACUUGUACUACGUCAACAGAUAUGCAGAUCACCACGCUUUUUAA